AUGCGUAUCUUACAAAUUGUAACGGCAUGGCUCAUCGUUAUACCGCACUGUGGCAUCCAUGGUUUUGGAUACAAUAAGAGAGAGCAACACUUGUGGCCGAAGAAGUACAAAUCAUGCGCAGGAAAACAACAAUCACCAGUGGUUAUAUGCACAUCAAAAGCGAUCGUUAAACCAUUUCCGGCUCUUGAACUGAUUGGUUAUCAUGAUUUUUUUCCAAUGCCGCAAUUAUUAAAAAAUAAUGGAAAAACUGUUAUACUUAGUAUAGACAAAAAUGAGACACAAGUAUAUAGAACAUUGCCUUAUAUAUUUGGAGGCAUGCUGCAAAAUCAAACAUUUGAAAUGGAAGAAGUGCACUUUCAUUGGGGCUUAAAAAAUAAUAGAGGUGCUGAACAUGUACUAAACGGUAUAAGAUAUUCAAUGGAAACGCAUAUUAUACAUUAUAAUAUAGCAUAUGGCAAUUAUUUGAAUGCGUUACAACACGAGGAUGGUAUAGCUGUAGUAGCUUCUUUCUUUCAGUUACAAGAUGAAGACAACGAGCGUCUUCAACCGUUUAUAAGUAAAUUACCUGAUGUGCAAUGGGCACAUACAGAGUUAUCGGUCAAUAUAUAUCUCACUCUAGCAUCCCUAAUACCAUCAAACACCGAUGUCUUUUACACAUACAAAGGAUCUUUCACAACUCCGCCUUGUUGUGAAGUAGUCACUUGGCACAUUUUCGCCAAUCCAAUUCCAAUAUCCUUUCGUCAGAUGAACAUGUUCCGGAAACUCUUAAACGGCGAGGGAAUUUUGGGCGAUAAUUUUAGAUUAUUACAAGAUAUUGGUCAACGUAAAAUAUAUAUUAGAAGAUUAGACCCAACAGUCUCGAUGAAAGAUAUCAAACACGAUGGUUUUACAAAUUUAAGUUGGUUCUGGGUGUAA